CCCUUCCGCCGCCUGAUGAUCACGUAGUGUUUCAAGAUGGCGUCUCGUUACUACCAGGAGAUGCAGGAGAGCUUCAGGAACAACAGCAAGAGCCGCGAGUUCCCGGCUCACACCGCCAAGGUCCACUCGGUGGCCUGGAGCUGCGACGGCCGGAGACUCGCGUCCGGGUCCUUCGACAAGACCGCGAGUGUCUUCCUCCUGGAGAAGGACCGUCUGGUGAAAGAGAACAACUACCGAGGUCACGGCGACAGCGUGGAUCAGCUCUGUUGGCAUCCGACGAACCCGGAUCUGUUCGUCACGGCGUCUGGAGACAAGACCAUUCGCAUCUGGGACGUCCGGACGACCAAGUGCAUCGCCACCGUCAACACCAAAGGAGAAAACAUCAACAUCUGCUGGAGUCCUGACGGUCAGACCAUCGCUGUCGGGAACAAAGACGACGUUGUGACCUUCAUCGACGCCAAGACUCAUCGCUCCAGGGCCGAGGAGCAGUUCAAGUUCGAGGUGAACGAGAUCUCCUGGAGUAACGACAACGACAUGUUCUUCCUCACGAACGGAAACGGCUGCAUCAACAUUCUGAGUUACCCGGAGCUGAAGCCGAUCCAGUCCAUCAACGCUCACCCGUCCAACUGCAUCUGUAUCAAGUUCGACCCCACGGGGAAAUACUUUGCCACAGGAAGUGCAGACGCUCUGGUCAGCCUGUGGAACGUGGAUGAGCUGGUGUGCGUCCGCUGCUUCUCCAGGUUAGACUGGCCUGUGAGGACUUUGAGCUUCAGCCACGACGGAAAGAUGUUGGCUUCUGCCUCCGAGGAUCAUUUCAUAGACAUCGCCGAGGUGGAAACAGGAGAGAAGCUGUGGGAGGUUCAGUGCGACUCUCCGACCUUCACUGUUGCCUGGCACCCGAAGAGGCCGCUGCUGGCCUACGCCUGUGACGACAAGGACGGCAAGUACGACAACAACCGAGAGGCGGGCACCGUCAAACUGUUCGGCCUCCCCAAUGACUCCUGAGACCGAGCUGAGCUGCUACUUGUUGAAUUUGAGCGAAACAUCAUGAUGAAACAAAUAAAUUCUGUAGAGAUCAGAGGAAACCGGGCUGAAGCAGCAGUAGCCUUUUAUCACCAGCAGGUGGCGCAGCUGUGCUCUAACAGUGGGCUUCAUUCCCUGUUUUAUACACAGAUACAAACACACCCCCUGUUCUGUAAAUACAUUGUUUGUGUAAAAUAUUCUUUGUUUAUGACAUUAAAAAUGGUCUCUUUUUAAUA